UAGGGUAUAAUUUCAAAAAACCUUGAGCUUUAAUUCCUUCCUCUCUUGCCAGCCCACUUUCCUUUCAAUACCUUUCAUCUUCACAAUACCAUUGGAUCGAAUUCUAGCUCAGAAUUCAGUCUGAUGGUCUUGAGGUUCUGAACAAAAUCUAGGGAAAGGGAAAGGACCUUUUCUCUCUCUCUCUGUCACUGCAUUAGCUAGAGAUUAAGGAGACAUUUCCUAAUCAAGAUUUGUGAACAUGGAAAAGGUGAUGGGACUGGCCUCAGAGAAGGGGGUUGUGAUAUUCAGCAAGAGCUCAUGUUGCAUGUGUUAUGCAGUCAAAAUACUGUUUCAAGGAAUUGGGGUGGAACCUCUGGUUUAUGAGAUUGACCAAGACCCUGAAGGCAGGGAAAUGGAAAGAGCCCUCAUGAGGAUGGGGUGUACUGCUCCUGUACCAGCUGUGUUCAUUGGUGGAAAGCUGAUGGGAUCUACCAAUGAAAUCAUGUCCCUCCAUCUAAGUGGCACACUCAACCAAAUGCUCAAGCCAUACCAGGCUUUAUCUUAAAUUCACUACUUAUACGCCACCAAGUAUAAUAAAAAUUGGCUUGAUUUAGUAGUCUAGCUAGUAUGCUCUGUAUUAAUUAGUAUAUCUAGCUGUUUGUGCUAAGUAUUGAUCGUUUUUCAUUUACUAGUAUGUAAUGUUUUCUCCUUUUGUUAAUGAAAUUAGCUUUAUAUA